AUGGCCUUUGGGCCUGGUUUUGAAACUCUUACACGUUCGUACCCGGACGGGGAAACCACCAAUGCCCGAUAUCAAACGAAGGCAUCGGGCCUGGAUAGAUUUGCGCCACCUGGUAAUGAUCCACAUGCCAUGUGGCUGCCUGCGAUUGCCAGCCUCCUGGUCUGCGUUCUAGGGGCUUUCCUGGCAUACGGACCUUAUCAAGAUGAUCGAACAUGGAACCUUGUGCGCAACACGGUCUCCCUCGAGCGCGUGGGCAUGCGAGCGUUGGAGCAGAGCCACUUCCGUCUUUACGGACUGCGGACCGGCACGGGCCAGCGGACGCAGGCGAACUCGGACGGACAAGUUCUAUUCGUGCCCGGUCACGGUGGGGCUUGGACGCAGACGAUCAACCUGGCGUCGUAUGUUGCCAAGCAACAGUCUGACAUCCGUUUUUUCGCCCUGGACUUCCAUGCGUCAGCUUCUGCCCUUCACUGGUCCGUGGUUGAGGCACAGGCAGACUUCACUGUUGCUGCGGUCAUCGAACUAGCAAAGCCCCAAAGAGGACCACUUGUGCUGCUGUGCCACUCGAUGGGUGGCCUUGUCGCACUGGAGUCUCUCCGUUUGCUUGGGGACAGAAGGAGCUUGGUGGCCGGCGUGGUCCUUGUCUCUGCACCAACUGCAGAGCACCCCUUGCUCCUCGAGGCCCGCUUUGCUUAUCGGGCAGCCGCUGCACGCGAGGAGGCGUGGACCUUCCAAUCACCUCCGAUCGUCUCGAUCUCAGGCGGUGCCACAGACGCGCUUGUGCCCAUGACCGCCACCAUACUGCCACAGAGGCCUCAAGCUGCAACGUUGCUGCUUCCAGCGGCUCGAGACGUGUACUCCUCAUUCAGUCAUGUGAACGUGCUGUUCUCGCGACAUAGCCUCCACGCUCUCUCGGCCCUCCUUCGUGGAGCCCUGGCAGGGCGGCUGCUCCGCACGGCAGAGUCGCUUCGGAGCCCUUUGUCUGGUCUGUUGCAACCGACCCAACUCGUGGCGGCUCCGUCGCCGUGGAGCGCACAGAGGUUGAUGGCACAGGUGUCAGACUCAACUUGGACAACCUUGGCAUCGGAUGUCGCCUUCUCACAGCUUCCAGAGCAGAAGGCGCAUGCCAUCACCCUGCUUCACGAGCUGGAGGCCGGGGUGCUUCAUCUUCUACCGGCUCCUGAAUCCGGAGGAACCCUGACCCUGAUGCUUCUUGAGGAGCUGCGCCCCAUCAAGCGCACCCCAGAGCCGACGACAAGAGGAGAGAACUUCGAUCCCAAAGAUGUCCUGGAUUGCAGUGCCGCCUUGUCUGCCGUGGUGACCAGCGGCGGUCGGGAUGACUCGGUGGCCUCUUUGCUUGCCGGGUCCGCCUGGAUGGGUGCAGCGCCCGUGAAGCUGCAAUAUCCCAGCAAGGCCUGCUUCUACCAGAUCCCGUCUCCUUCCUCUGCGCAGUUGCCCGGUCAGCGGGGCCUGGCUGCCAUCAUGGUGAACGCCCAGAGGUCUGGCUCGGGUCGUCGCAUCGGCUGGGUGCAAUGGCAGCUUGGCGCAGCGGCACAGGAUCUGCAAUGCAACCGCGCUGGUGAAAAUCUCCCCGUCUUGUCCUGGUUGGCCUCUGUCGCGUGGCCCGUGAGGUGCAGGCUGCCAGCAGGCCGAGGGCUCCUCACCCGGGUGGGCUUGUCCUCAUCCUGGCGGAUGCUGCCUUUCUUGCCGCUGGACGUGCGGUUGGUGCAGGAGGAAGCUUCCGGGGCCACGGCGGCCACGUGGCGCCCUCCUGUCUUGCUGCUCCUCACGGCCGACAACCACACGAGGAUGGCGGCGCUGCCUUUCCCGAGGGAGCCGAGGCAGCUUUGGUUUCAAGGCUGGGCGGCAGAGUCGCGCGGUUGGAUGGACUCAAGUCCGAAGGCUUCCGAGCAGUGUCCGAUUGCGCCUUUGCCCAGCGAGAUCCCGUGGCCCCGCUUCGCUGCAGCGCCCGUACAUUCCGAAGAUGCCUCUUCGAGCGACUCUUCAGAUUGCAGUACCUCUCACCAGAACCUUCAGAUUUGGUUGGGUCCCGCAUCAAUGCCUGGGAAGCUGGAAAACCUUGGAAUCAAUCGCUCCGACAUUUCCUCGGCAGCAAACUGUGAGAGCUACAGAUCAUGCGUAAGACUGAGUGACUACAUGCGACUUCGUUCGGCAGACCCGCAGAGACCGGAUCUCUCUUUCGGCAGCCUGCUACACGUGGGUGAUGGAUGCAAUGCGCUGUGUUUGAUUUGUAGUUACCACAAGCCACCGGCACGGUCCUGCAGGAACGGAGUCUUUUGCGACUUCUGUCACUUGCAUGAUGGGCGGCGGAACAGCCGGCGCCGGAGAAGGGAGGCGACCGGGCCGGCGGCUGGUCGAAUGAGUUGGGCCGACACAGAAGUCCCAGUGCUGGAGGCAAUCUGCCUAUGA